AUGCCUGUGUUUUUUCAAAAAUGUUUAGUGUUUGGGUCCCCUGUUCAAGAACAGAGCUUAAGGAGACCUGAUCCUCUGCGCCGAUUCAAAUCGUACAAUGGAGGUUACGAUAUCGGGAGCAAGCAUUAUUGGGCUUCUGCGGCAUUUACAGGCGUCCAUGGAUAUGCCAUUGCGGCAGUUUGGAUGUUAUUCGGGUUGGGACUUGGGAGCUACAUAAUCCUAAAAAAUUUCAAUGGCACUUCGUCACCAGUUGUAGAUCAUCCAGAUUCUUCCUACCUUAUAAUGUUCUCAAUGAUUAUUCUGUUCACCUUCCUCGCCUUAAUUGCCACAAGUCUUGUAAUGGCAGCAAACCAAAGCUCCCUGCAAAGAGCCAAAAAGCUAAGAGAAACCAUCUUUGGGGCUGGUGGUGGUGCUGGCAAAACCAUUGAAAGAGUAACAACUUCCUUGCAAGAGAUGCAGACCUUUUUACUACCCUAUGAUCCGACAACAUGUCAACUUUUGAAUUCAACAAGCCACCGGCUGGGAAAAGAAUCGCGAAUGAUUCGACGUUUCAUUGACAGAGCAAGACAUUCUAGUGAUGAAGCAGUUGAAACUCUGUUCGUGGCAAAUCUUGUAGUAGUGAGCAUCAACUUGGUGUUGUUGGUUUCAGCAUUAGGUGAGACUAAUGGAUUGCUGCUUUGGCUCAGUUCUGCUCUUCUUGCAUUGGCACCCUGGAUUCAUAAUGUAAGUAAACUUCAAAUGCUUAAACAAUUGAAAUUUGCUGAAGACAGUUGUUCAGCUUUUGAGGAUUUCGAACAAAACCCUGAAAAUAGUAGCCUAAGAUCGAUGCUUCCCUGUGCAAAAUCAAACCAUUCGGACAUAUUCUUGGUGGAAAUUGGCUCCACUGUUCACAAAUUCAUAGUUGAGUUGAAUUCAAAAAUACCACAGCUAUGUGAAGCACUUCGGUUAGAUGAACAAGAUGAGGAUUUAUUAGGAGUUCAACAAAUAUGUGAUCCUUUCUCUGGUGCACCAAAUUACAGCUACACUCCUGGAAAAUGCCCGAAAGGCGCUAUUCCAAUUGGUGACUUACCAAAUGUCCUCUCAAGAUUCACCUGUUACAAAGAGAAUUAUUCUAUGGGACAAUGUCAAGGCGAUGGAAGGUUUCUUCCAGAGGCCUCAUAUGAUAUGGCUUGGGCAUACAGUCAAUCUGUACAGGACCUGAUAGACAUAUUUCCUGAUUUGCAGAACCUGGCUUGGUGCUCCUUCUUGAAGGAUGCGUUCUCUGAUGUUGUUUUGCGCCAAUGCAAGCCAUUUAGAGUCUCUGUUCGAAUGUUAUGGUCAUCAAUGUUGUCUCUUUCCAUUGUUAUGGUGAUUCUUGUGUUAAUUUGGGUUGCAAAAUCUUAUCAAGAGAGAGGAAGAUGCUUCUCCAUUUGUUCUAUCACUCCCAGAAGUGCUUAGGAAGGCCUAAUGUGGCUAGCAGCAAAGGCUGUGUACAGGGAAUUGAGGCGAGAAGAGGUGGGUGAGAAGAGGUGUAGUGUACCAUUUUUUUCCUAGAAGUUGUAUAAAUAGAGUCCAUGAAGUCGCAAGACUUACGUGGACUGAAAAAUACGUAUGUAUGAUUAUGUAUUCUGUUGUUCAUCCGGGUUUCUGUAUCAGUUGUGCAACUAACAAAUAAAUAC